AUGUUUCAAGAACAAAGAUUUGUUUGUCUUGUGAUAGGGAUCGCCAUUGCCUGUCUGGUUUUCAACGUGGUUCCUUCACUUUCCUAUUCUCAGCCACUGAAAGAGACAAUCGCAACCGUCGAUCAGCCUAUUACGACCGUUAGCCGCCGUUAUGCCUAUGAAUUCGAGGGCGGAUUUAGUCACCUUAGUGUGGGUUCGAGGAUUCCUUUGGGACUGAAAACCAAAAGCCUAAGGAUUUUGGUGACGGGCGGGGCCGGUUUUGUAGGGAGCCAUUUGGUGGACCGUCUCAUAGACCGUGGAGACAGUGUGAUUGUGGUUGAUAACUUUUUCACGGGCCAAAAGGAGAAUCUCUUGCACCACUACGGGAACCCAAGGUUCGAGAUCAUACGACACGAUGUGGUUGAGCCCAUUUUGCUUGAGGUCGAUCAAAUCUACCACUUGGCUUGCCCUGCCUCCCCUGUACAUUACAAGUACAACCCCAUCAAGACAAUUAUAUCCUUUUGUUUCUUCUAA